UGAGGGAUGUGCCAAGAGUUGGAGUGGGAAUGCCGGCCAGCGUGCACGGGCUGUGCCCAGCUGAUCUUCCAGCAAGGUGCUGCUUUGGCUGGGAAGGGUCUUUUUUCGUGGGAAGGUGGCACUUGGAUGCCUUGACAGUUGAAGGCUGCAGUUUGCCUGGCUCUGGGAUGGUGCUGAGCUGUCCGAAGCACUUUAUUACCAGAGUUGCUUCUCCAGGUGUUGCUGGGGGGGAGCCUGCUGGGUCGGACGGGGGGCUGUGCUGUUGUGGCUGUUGCUUUUGGUGAGUGUUGCAUGGAGCACACGAGGGAUGAAGUUUGGGGUUACUCUGAGCACAGCCUAAAAACAGAAGGGCUCCUAGAGGAGCUGGGGCUGCUGUGGCAGUGUCCUGUCCUGGGGACCCAACUGGACACCGUGAGCAGGAGAGACAGAGGGAGGAAGAAGUGUUAGAUGGAAAUGACAAAUCGGUGUUAUAAAAGUGGGGUGGUUAAAAUGACACAGUUUCAUUUUUAUUUCUAGACAUGCCUGUUUUGAAAACAUUGUGUUUGACCGAUAUCUCUCCUUAACUCCUCAACUACUGAUCUGUGCUUGCAAUAUAUUCAAACACUUUAUUUUUGAUGCUUAUUCGGGUGUCCUGGUGAAGCUUAUUCUGGCUGGUUUUAUCCUCCACCAAAACCUGUGUUUGAUUAUAAACAAAAGCUGUUACCUCUCAGUGCUGCUCUGAGUGAGGCUCGGGGAAGAGAGUUCAUCCCUGAUUUACUGGAGUGCAGGGGGUCAUCUGAGUUCAGCCUUAUUUUUAGCCCUCUUUGGUUUCUUUUUUUUCUCUGUGUUUUGAUACAACUGUUGAGCCACUGUUACCUCACAGCAGAUAAAAGAGUUGCAGGUUUCUCUGACUUAGGCUUUUUAAACCAAAGCAGUUUCUUACUGGUGAACUUUGUAACUUUGGAAAUACCUGUGGUUUCAGACUUAAUGUAUCAUGAAAUUAAACAAUAUCUGUGUAAUUGGAAAUAAAUAAAAAUUGUGUGAGAGAGGAGUGUUCAGCAUGUGCAUGUAACAAGGCAUGAGGGAAAAUUAAAAUACAGGGGGAAGAAAUAACUUUUUUUAGAAAAUAAUAUUUUUUGAGAGAAAGAGAAGCUGGAAAGUGAUGGACAUGAAAAGCAGAAAUGUCUGGAUGUGAGAUUCAUUCUGUUUCCUGCUAAAUAGAAAGUUAUUGGGGCUGCUGUAAGACAAGACAGACUUGUGAGGAAUUUCCUUAACACAGUGGCUUUAAGAAGUUAAAUUUCCUGUGUAGAAGUAAGUUGGGAUAAUUCUGUGGCUCUGGUGGUGGUGAGUACUCAUCCAAACCUGUUUUCAGGCAGAAACUGUGCUCAGAAGUUGUCAGUAUGGAUAAAUCCUUCAAUUGGAGUCUGACCCUUAUUUGGGUGGAAAGGACAAGUGAGGGUGAAAUGACACACAGAAGGGAUAUUGUCAAAAGUAAAUCCCAAUCUGCCCUCCUUGGCUUUGACUGCCAAACUGCCUCUGCAGGAGAAGUUCCAGUGAAUCUGGAGUGAGACUUUUUCCAUAAAAAGGCGCAGUAACAAAGGUGCUGCAAGGGCACUGUGGGUCUUUGUGGUUUUACCUCAAUGCUACUUCUGACACAUGUCACGCUCCACCCUGUUCUUUACUCUCCCACUUAGGAAUGAAGUAAUUUUUUGUGUGUCUUACAUUAAGCUGUUCUUUUAAAAGUCCCUGUGCUGUGAAUAAAUUUUGUGGAUCAAUAUAAUCAGGUCACCAGUUUCUUCCCAGCCUAGACGUGGGCAAACAUUGGCUUGUAAGGGACAGCCAGGUUGAUGGUUGGCACCUGGGGUGACAUCCCCAGCUGCUGGUUAAUGUGACACUGUUCAGUCAGAGCCAAAUCAGAGCUGUCUGCAGCUCAGGGCUGGUGUCAGUAGGGUUUUGUUUUCUUUUCCUGACUUCCUCACGUUUGGAGGGAGUUCCUGGUUGUUGAUGUGCAGGCACCAGUAAGCUUGACUUUAAUCUGUCCCUGUGGCUGCUUCCAUAUGGGAUUGGGCAUCUCUGAAAAAUUGGCUGUUCCUCAGGCUAUUGCAGGUUGUGGCAGGCUCGGGGUGAGUGCCAACAGACUGUUGCUAAUUUUUUUUUCUCUUCUUCCUCCUUGUUAAUUCCUUUUCCGAGAAGCAGAGAGGAAGGUGUUUGGGGGACUGACCUCUGUGAAUUCCAUCAUUGCUGUGCAAGGAAACGUGUGUUUUGCUAACAUUGCCUCAGUAAUUUAGUUUUAGUUUUUCCUCCAUUGUUCAUCUAACUGUGCUGUAGUCCCUUUCAGGAAGUGCUGUGCUGGUUCCUGCUGUGUUGGGUGUCAUCUUCUGGAUUCAAGCAGCUUCCCCAAAGCCCAGGAGGACAGCAAGAAAUACAGUAUGGCAUUGAGGAAUGUCUGAGGCUGUGUGGGAAGUCAGGGUAACACAAGUAGCAAGACAACCGGGUCCUCCUGCCCCAUCCCCUUACACUGCACAUGAAAUAAAUAAGGGACACCCAAAUCUUGCUGCAACGCCACCGGGACAUGCAUCGUCCCCUGGGCUCUCACAGGCUCCUUAUCCCUCAGGACAGAAUGCAGCUCCCACCACGCUGGUGUACCCUCAAGCCCCUCAAACAAUGAACACUCAGCCUCAGACCCGCUCGCCGUUUGCAGCGGGGCCUCGACCUGCCCAUCACCAGUUUUUUCAGAGGCCUCAGAUCCAGCCUCCAAGAGCCACCAUCCAGAACAGCAGCCCCUCCAUCCGUCCUGGAGCGCAGACCCCGACUGCCGUGUACCAAACCAACCAGCACAUCAUGAUGGUGAACCACCUGCCAAUGCCCUACCCGAUGCCUCAGGGCCCCCAGUACUGUAUCCCACAGUAUCGUCACAGUGGCCCCCCGUACGUCGGGCCACCUCAGCAAUAUCCUGUGCAGCCACCGGGACCAGGACCCUUCUACCCAGGCCCAGGUCCUGGAGAAUUCCCCAAUGCCUACGGAACACCCUUCUACCCCAGCCAGCCCGUGUACCAGUCUGCACCCAUCAUUGUGCCUACGCAGCAGCAGCAGCCGCCGCCUGCCAAGAGAGAGAAGAAAACGAUCCGAAUCCGGGAUCCAAACCAGGGAGGCAAAGACAUAACAGAAGAAAUCAUGUCUGGAGGGGGCAGCAGGAACCCCACCCCCCCCAUCGUCAGACCCACCUCCACCCCGACUCCACCUCAGCAGGUGCCCAGCCAGGUCCCCGAGCCCGUUCCCCCGGCGUUGGGAGCCCUGGAGAGCUCCCACCCCUCCGGCAGCACCGCGGCCCCCGCCUCCAAACAAGAAGAGAAGCCAAAACCAGAUCCAGUAUUAAAACCACCUUCUCCAGUCCUCAGACCAGAACCUGCUGGGGAGAAGAAAGAUCAAGCUGGGCAGACGACCGAGGCCCCCCCCUCAGUGGAAAGCCCAGCAGAAGUUCCUCGUGCUCCGUCGCCGGCCCCGGCCGCUCCGGUCGCCGCUGUCCCCGCGGCUGCCGCUGCUGUCCCCGCGUCCAGCAGAGCCCCGGCCGCGGCUGAGCCGGAGGACAAAUGUGAACUGGCCUUCCCCAGAGAGGAGGCGAUGCCCACCCCCAGUGCCACAGCCUGCCCGGAGCCAGCGGCCCCUCCUCCUGCGGAAGAGCCCGGUGCCGAGGCGUGCUCGGAGCCCAGCAGUGCAGUAGCAUCCCCCGGUGACGCCGCAGUGGCGGUGCCGGCCGGGCCCGCUGUCACCAGCGAUACGGGCAGCGCUGGGGCUGCGGCCGAGCCCGGGGCAGAGGCGGCCCAGGCGGAAACUGCAGAGUUGACUGUGGAGGUGGAGCCCAGCGAGGCCCCCCCAGCGGAGGUGGAGAGCGCUCCAUCACCUCCCAGUGCUCCUCUCGCUGCUCCCUCUCCUCCUCCCACCCCGCCGCCCACCCUGCCGCCCCCGUCCCCUCCGCUCCCCGUCGCUGCUGUCACCACUACAACUCCUUCUCCACCUCCUCUCCCGUCUCCGAGUGCCCUCCCUGUUGUCCAGGGAGAUUUAGAAGGAGAGGAGAGCACAAGAACUACUCUUAGUGAAGAGGUAAAAGAUACUGAAAAGAAGGAAGAGACAGAAGCAGAUGGGCAACUGGAGGAGAGCCAGGAGGCUCUGAGUAUGAACUCAAGCAAGAGUCCUGUCCCAGCCCAAACCGCUGUAACUGCACCAAAGACCUGGAAGAAACCAAAAGAGCGGACCCAAGCCACUGAGGAGGUGACAGAGGCAGAAACAGAGCCGAAGGAGGAGGAGGAACCUUCAGGGGACAAAGUACUUGAAUCCGACCAGGAGAAAAUGAGCCAUGGGCUUCAGGCAGAGAGGGAACCCUCAGAGCUCAAAGCAGUGAAAGGUGUGGAGGAGAACGGGGAGCAGGAGGCAGAGCCGGUGCGGAAUGGCGCCGAGAGCAUCUCGGAGGGAGAGGGCACCGAGGGCACCGACGGCGCCUCCGGCUGCACGGAGAGCUCCGGGGAGGGGCCCAUGUACCAGUACAAACCAGAGCAGUGGAAGCCCCUGGACCCUGAGGGCAAGAAGCAAUAUGACCGGGAGUUCCUGCUGGAUAUCCAGUUCAUGCCUGCCUGCAUCCAGAAGCCCGAGGGGCUGCCUCCCAUCAGCGACGUGGUGCUCGACAAGGUGAGAGGAGAGCCCAUAAAACAGGUCAGUCAGCCCAAGCUGCCGCUAAGGACUCUGGACCCCCGGAUCCUGCCACGAGGCCCUGACUUCACACCAGCCUUUGCUGAUUUUGGGAGGCAAGCCCCCGGGGGAAGAAACGUGUCUGGAAGUGCCUGCAAAGUGCAGAGCACCCCUGGAUUGCCCUCCCUGGCUCGGUGCGGGCCCCCAUCAUGCCCUCUCUUGGUCUCGCCUCACCCACCAUUGAGGAACCUGCCGAUAGGGUUGUUGAAUGUUGGACCGAGGAGAUCUCAGCCAGGCCAGAGGAGAGAGCCCAGGAAGAUCAUCACUGUGUGUGUGAAGGAGGAUGUGCACCUGAAGAAGGCAGAGAAUGCCUGGAAGCCAAGCCUGAAGAGGGAAAACCAAACUGAGGACCCCGAAAAUGUCAAAACCCAGGAGCUGUUCCGCAAGGUACGAAGCAUCUUGAACAAGCUGACGCCCCAGAUGUUCAACCAGCUGAUGAAGCAGGUGACAGACCUGACGGUGGACACGGAGGAGAGGCUGAAGGGAGUCAUCGACCUGGUCUUCGAGAAGGCCAUCGACGAGCCCAGCUUCUCCGUGGCCUAUGCCAACAUGUGCCGCUGCCUGGUGACGCUGAAAGUGCCCAUGGCAGACAAACCUGGGAGCACAGUAAAUUUCCGUAAGUUGCUGUUAAAUCGCUGCCAGAAGGAAUUUGAAAAGGACAAGGCUGACGAUGAUGUCUUUGAAAAGAAGCAGAAAGAACUCGAAGCUGCCACCACUCCAGAGGAGAAGACACGGCUCCACGAUGAGCUGGAAGAGGCCAAGGACAAAGCCCGGCGGAGAUCCAUCGGCAACAUCAAAUUCAUCGGCGAGCUUUUCAAGCUGAAGAUGCUGACAGAGGCCAUCAUGCACGACUGCGUGGUGAAGCUGCUGAAAAACCACGACGAGGAGUCCCUCGAGUGCCUUUGCCGCCUGCUCACGACCAUUGGCAAGGACCUGGACUUUGAGAAGGCAAAGCCCCGCAUGGACCAGUAUUUUAAUCAGAUGGAGAAGAUUGUGAAAGAGAGGAAAACCUCCUCAAGGAUUCGGUUCAUGCUUCAGGAUGUAAUAGACCUAAGGCUGUGCAACUGGGUCUCACGGAGAGCAGACCAGGGCCCCAAGACCAUCGAGCAGAUCCAUAAAGAAGCCAAGAUUGAAGAGCAGGAAGAACAGAGGAAGGUGCAACAACUCAUGACCAAAGACAAGAGGAGACCAGGUGUCCCACGGGUCGACGAAGGCGGCUGGAACACUGUGCAGGGGGCAAAGAACAGCAGAGUGCUGGACCCCACCAAGUUCCUUAAAAUCACCAAGCCCACAAUAGAUGAGAAGAUUCAGCUUGUGCCUAAAGCCCAGUUGGGCAGUUGGGGGAAGGGCAGCAGUGGUGGAGCCAAGGCAAGCGAGAUGGACUCCUUGCGACCAAGUGCCACAAGUCUGAACAGAUUUUCUGCCCUGCAGCCUCCAGUGUCCCCAGUAUCUGCCUCAUCUGCAUCUUCAGAACUAGAAUCUCGCAGGGCCUUAACGAGUCGCGGGAGCACGGGCAGGGAGAAGAAUGACAAACCUCUGCCACCUUCCCUGUCCCGGCCCAACACCUUCCUCCGGGGCAGCAGCAGCAAGGAGCUGCUGCUGGACAACCAGGCCCAGGAGGAGCAGCGCAGGGAGAUGCUGGAGACAGUGAAGCAGCUGACAGGAGCAAUGGAGAUGGACAGGAACAGCACCGAGGCCGAGAGGAACAAAGCCAAGGAACCUGCCAAGCCAGAAGUUCCCCCAGCUCCAGUGCAAGAAAAGCCUUCACUAUCAGAAGAGGAAAUAGAGAGAAAAUGCAAAUCUAUCAUUGAUGAGUUCUUGCAUAUUAAUGAUUUUAAGGAGGCCAUGCAGUGUGUGGAGGAGCUGAGUGCCCAGAGCCUGCUGCCGGUGUUCGUGCGCGUGGGCGUGGAGUCCACGCUGGAGCGGAGCCAGAUCACCAGGGAUCACAUGGGGCAGCUCUUACAUCAGCUGGUGCACUCAGGAAAGCUGAGCAAGCAGGAGUUCUUCAAGGGUUUUUCUGAGACCCUGGAGAUGGCAGAUGACAUGGCCAUAGAUAUACCCCAUAUCUGGCUGUACCUGGCUGAGUUGGUGACCCCCAUGUUAAAAGAAGGAGGAAUCUCUAUGAGAGAACUUAUACAAGAAUUUAGCAAACCCUUGCUUCCUGUGGGAAGAGCCGGUGUCUUGCUUGCUGAAAUCUUGCACCUUCUAUGCAAACAAAUGAGCCAUAAGAAAGUGGGAGCCUUAUGGAGGGAGUCUGGCCUCAGUUGGAAGGACUACUUGCCCGAAGGGGAGGAUGUACAUACCUUUCUCAUGGAACAGAAGUUGGAGUUCACGGAGUCUGACUGUUCCAGUUCCUCAGAAGCACUUUCAGAGAAAGAACUGUCUGCAGAAGAGCUGAACAAGCAGCUGGAAAAACUCAUUGUUGAGGACAAGGCGAAUGAUGAACAAAUCUUUGAUUGGGUAGAGGCUAAUCUAGAUGAAAGCCAGAUGAGUUCACCUACAUUCCUUAGAGCUUUAAUGACAGCAGUUUGUAAAGCAGCUAUUAUAGCGGACUCUUCCAGCUUCCGAGUGGACACUGCUGUUAUCAAACAGAGAGUGCCCAUCUUACUCAAGUACCUGGACUCAGACACAGAGAAGGAACUACAAGCACUUUAUGCACUACAAGCAUCAAUAGUAAAACUUGAUCAACCUCCUAAUUUGUUGCGGAUGUUUUUUGAUUGCCUGUAUGACGAGGAGGUCAUUUCGGAGGAUGCCUUCUACAAGUGGGAAAGCAGCAAGGACCCAGCGGAGCAGAACGGGAAAGGAGUAGCGCUAAAAUCUGUCACGGCGUUCUUCACGUGGCUACGGGAGGCCGAAGAGGAGUCAGAGGAUAAUUAAAACUUAAAAUACAGAUUUAAAACAAACAAACAAAAAAGAAACAAUUUAAGUAUUUUUUUAAAAAGUUUCACGUCUUCGCCAAUCACAGUGCAGCAAGGCCAAUUCUCUCUCGCAGACCCCCCUUGCCCCACACACGCACGAGUGGGAGAGGUAAAACCCAAUAAACACCGAGGUGAUCAUGGAGGCAAAAAGGUACUUGGAAACAAACCCACAAAAGUAAACUUCAAACCUGAGGGCGGGAGCACUAAACCAAAAUACAUGUAUUAUUUAUAGAAAAUAUUUUCUGUUUUAAUCUUUUUCUUUUCUUUUUAAACAAGGACUCGUACUUAGGAAAACACACAGCAAAACAAAUCUGUUUAGCAAAAACAAGUUGAAAACUUCUAAUUUAUUAUUUUAAGGACUGCAAAUGCCAGUGUAAUUUUUAAAUUUGCAGUUUCUGUAAACAAAUUGUAUAAUAGAACAAAAGCAAAGAAAUAAAUUUCCCUCCCCUUCAUACGCACCUCAGUUUUGUUUCAAAGCAUGAUAAAUCAACAAAACUUUGAAGGGGGUUGGGGUGAGCUAGAUGAGGGCAAGAUCAAUUUUUUUUUUUAUUGUCAUCAGAUUUUUCUGCCUGCCUCUCAGCUUGCUUCAGAAAUUUAAAAAGAAAAUAGUAAUCAAACCAUACAUAACCUUGGAUCGGAAGAAAAAUGCAUUUGAGAAAACCGCUGCGGACCAGAGUGCUCCGAAAAUAACUCAUUGAAAACCGUGCUACCCUGGGGAAAAAAGUACUAGUGAUACUUUGAGAACCUUUAGAGCAACUUUAAGGCUUGUAAAUACAUAGAACAAAUAUUUAAAAAAAAAAAAAAAAAAAAAAAAAAAGAAAGAAA